CCAAGGGCAGCAGGAUGGCCCAGCAGCGCCACGCCGCCCCCCCACCGCUCAAGACGGAGGAGGACUACAUCCCCUACCCCAGCGUGCACGAGGUGCUGGGCCGGGAGGGGCCGUUCCCCCUCAUCCUCCUGCCGCAGUUUGGGGGUUACUGGAUCGAGGGCACCAACCACCAGCUGAGCGGGGCACCCGAGUCCCCCCAGACCCCCGCACCCAGCGCCCGGGCGAGGCUUGAGGGCAACCACACGGCCAAGAUCUACCGCAAGCACUUCUUGGGCAAGGAGCACUUCAACUACUACUCCCUGGACCCGGCGCUGGGCCACCUCGUCUUCUCCCUCAAGUACGACGAGCAGGAGCACCUCCACCUGCUGCUGCGCACCCGCGCCCGCACCCUACAUGACGUGGUGCCCAUCUCCUGCCUGGCUGAGUUCCCCAACGUGGUGCAGAUGGCCAAGCUGGUGUGCGAGGACGUCAACGUGGAUCGUUUCUACCCCGUGCUCUACCCCAAGGCGUCCCGCUUCCUGGGGGUGGUGGGUCAGCGGGGGCGGGUGCGGGACUUCAAGGGGUUUCGGGGGGGGCUGGACGUGACCCACGGGCAGACGGGCAGCGAGUCGGUCUAUUGCCACUUCCGCGACAAGGAGAUCAUGUUCCACGUCUCCACCAAGCUGCCCUACACCGAGGGGGACGCCCAGCAG